AUUCACACGAUAAUGUUUUAGAUUAGUUCACGCGCCACCACUAUAAGCCAUUUCCAUUGAAGCCUUUUCAUAAGCACUAGCAAUCCCCUACAAUACCUGGAAAAUUAACCAAAUAUAGUCGAUGGUAACUCUUUUCAUCCAUCCCUAGAAAAGUCAAUCACUCACAAUUUAAUUACUCACUUGAUGAAAGUUUAGUUUCAAUACUCGAAAAUAUAAGAAAUAAAAGAUGUUCGGUCCAGGAUCAGCACCGAUCGUAGUUCUAAGUCAGAACACAAGCCGUGAUUCCGGCAGAAAAGUUCAGAAGGAGAACAUUCAAGCUGGUAAAGCAAUCGCCGAUGUCAUUCGAACAUGUCUGGGUCCCCAAGCAAUGCUUAAAAUGCUGAUGGACCCCACAGGAGGAAUAGUAAUGACUAACGACGGGAAUGCAAUUCUCCGUGAGAUCACUGUGCAACAUCCAGCAGGAAAAUCAAUGAUUGAAAUUGCCCGUACUCAGGAUGAAGAAGUUGGAGACGGUACCACAUCAGUGAUUGUCCUGGCUGGAGAAAUUCUAGCCACAGCUGAGCCAUUCCUGGAGCAGGGAACUCACCCAACCGUCAUCAUCAGGGCAUAUAGACAAGCUCUAGAGGACAUGGUGAAGAUUCUGGAGGACCAAGUCAGCAUUAGUCUGGACAUCACCGAUAGGAACAAAGUCAUUGAAGUCGUGAAAUCCUGUGUGGGAACGAAAUUCAUUGGUCGUUGGUCAGAGUUGGCCUGUCAAAUUGCUAUUGAUGCUGUCAAUACUGUUUUGCUUGAGGAGAAUGGACGUCGGGAGAUCGACAUCAAGAGGUAUGCCAAGGUGGAAAAAAUUCCUGGAGGCAGUAUUGACGAGAGUCACGUGCUUCGUGGAGUUAUGCUGAAUAAAGAUGUGACUCAUCCUAAGAUGAAGAGAAGCAUCAAGAAUCCCAGAAUUGUCCUCUUAGAUUGUGUGCUGGAGUACAAGAAGGGUGAGUCCCAGACGAACGUUGAGAUCAUGAAGGAUACUGAUUUCACCAGGAUUCUGGAGCUCGAGGAGGAGCACAUCAAAAAAAUCUGCGAGGAGGUGAUUGCUGUCAAGCCUGAUGUUGUUUUCACUGAGAAGGGAGUCGCUGAUUUGGCAUCCCACUAUUUUCUCAAAGCUGGUAUCUCAGUGAUACGUCGUGUGCGUAAGUCUGAUAAUAACAGGAUUGGGAGAGCAUGUGGAGCAACUAUUGUUAAUCGAACUGAGGAGCUCAGGGAGGAAGACGUUGGUACUGGGGCUGGACUAUUUGAAAUCAAGAAGAUGGGGGAUGAGUACUUUUGUUUUAUCACUGAGUGCAAGGAUCCUAAGGCUUGCACCAUUGUUCUACGAGGUGCCAGCAAGGAUGUGCUCAAUGAAACCGAGAGGAAUCUUCAGGAUGCUCUUCAUGUGGCUAAGAAUCUGCUGAUUGAACCGAAAUUGGUUCCGGGUGGUGGAGCUGUUGAAAUGGCAGUAUCUCGUCUGUUGAAUGAAAAAGCGGCUGGUAUCGCUGGUAUUGAACAAUGGCCCUACAAAGCAGUGGCUCAAGCUUUGGAUAUAAUUCCCAGGACUCUCACUCAAAAUUGUGGAGCGAAUAUAAUCCGUACCCUGACAGCUUUGCGUGCAAAGCACGCAACAGAAGGCAACACUUGGGGAAUAGACGGUGAAACUGGUGAGCUAGUGGACAUGAAAGUACGAGGAAUCUGGGAGCCGUUGAGCGUUAAAAUGCAGACAUACAAAACAGCUAUCGAGACAGCUAUUCUUCUCUUGAGAAUCGAUGACAUCGUAUCAGGCAUUAAAAAGAAAGGGAACGAUAAUCAGCCGAGUGCUAUGCCCACAGAGCAAUCGAUGAUGGAAUAAUCACUACAUUGGUUAAAAAAUUGCGUUAUUUUUCACAAAUCGCCUUUAAUUUACUCUAGCUAAACGCUUCAUUUUCACAUUCAUUCUUUCGCACAUCUCUGAGAAUUUUGUUCCAAUAACAAAUGGCAUUUUUACGUAAGAUAAUGGAAGAUUUGUAAAAGUUCAAUGGAGAAAGAAAGAAUCAACUUUA